AAUAGUCAUGUACUAAGUAGCUAGUGCAGAGUCUGCAACUGCAAAUUAAGAUCCUUAAUUGGUAAAAAUGAUGAACUCAGUUUGUGUGUCCAACUGUAUAAAUGAUGCACGCGGGGAUCCGCGAAUCCCCGUACGAGCGACAUACUUGAACCUGUACAAAUGGCCGGAGUCAGACGCUGAGUUUGUGAGGUCAGCCGUAGAAGGGAGGCAGAACCCUCGUGUGGUGUACAGUAUUUCGUGCAGGCAGAUGUAUCUGAGGAGCUACACUUUUUCAAGGGAGGAAGAGGAAGCGCUGCCUCGCAACACCCAAAACUGCUGCUUCGGAAGCAGCAGCGUCAAGGACAAGCAUGUGAUCAAGAAGAAGGAGAUCAAGGCUAAUAAGAGUAAGCUUCACUACUGUCUGACUCUCAGGAAAGCUUUGUUUAGGGUUUUCCACAGCUUUCUUUCUUGUGCUGCUUCCAUAGACGUAGUCGAUCAAAAUCACUAAUUACGACGGAUCAUCAUCACUCUUCCUUUCCUUUCCUUUCCUUUUUUUUUUUUUUUUUUGUUAAUUUCUGUAUCUAAGACCAAGAAAUGCAAUGGUUUUGUUCUUAAUUUGUAAGGCCUUUAAUUCGGAAAAGUUAUCUAAAAAAUAAUUAAAAUUAUUCUAAAAACUUAAUUCAGGGGAUCAUCCGUGCAUAUUUUAAGAAAUCUUUACCAAGCCUUUCUACCUUCUUCUUUUUCUUUUCUUUUUUUCCCAUUCUUUGGGAUUAUUUUCAA